AUGGCGUCGGCAGGUGGUGCCCCGCGAUCGGCCCCCGGCGGGACCCCGUCCUCGCCAAACACGUCGAAAUCGUCGCAAACGUCCAGCUUUGCCCGCCCGUCGCCCGCCCCUGCCCGCGCGAAACGGGUGCCCGACAGCCAGCGGCGGCGUGCUGCCGUCUCCUGCGACCACUGCAAGCAGCGGCGUGCCAAGUGCAUGCGCGCCUCGCCCCGCGAUCCCUGCUCCAACUGCAUCGGGAACCGCAUCAAGUGCCAGUCCACCCUGCCGCGCAAGCAGCGGGUGUAUGGAAGUGUCGAAUCCCUCAGUCUGCGGUACCGCGCCCUGGAGGCACUCGUAAAGGGACUGUUACAAGAUGAGGAGGAAACAGAGAGCGGGCCAACAACUGGUGCGGCCAUCGGCACCGGCGCCGAUGACAACGACAACGACAAUGUCAUGGUGGACACACCUACACACCAGCCCGCCCUCGACCUCGACGCCCUCUACAGCGCGGCCGCUGCCCGUGGCAUACCCAUGCCCCCGCGCGAAGACAUGACACCCGUCAGCGAGAUCUUUGCCUCCUCCGCCGACGGCAUGCCCGGCCCCGCGCCAACAACCAUUGUGCCGGCACCCCUCACGUCACCCGGACCAGCUGUCCCUUCGUCGUCCACAUCCUCAACACCAACACCGAUAUCCCUGCCCACAGCGACGUCCAUGCAAGCCGCCGCCCGCCCAACUGCACCGAUGCCGCUGCAUGCACUCCACCCACUCCCCCACCAACAUCAGCUGCCCACGACCACGACGCUCACAACUCCCACCGCCGACGAGAAGCUCAUCCCGACACCACACGGCGUUGCCCACUACGUCGGUCCCUCGAGCUCGUUCCGUUUUGUGACGUCCAUCCGUGCACUGGUGGCACAGUGCGGCGACAACAUCGGCGGUGGUGACCUUGUUGGAGGUGACGGCGUGCGGGCGAGCGAUGCGGCUGGCGAGGCCAGUCCUGCCACCGGUAGCGAGCCGGGCGCCGGUGGUAUCUCGGGGGGUGAUGGGACACAAUCCUCACAAUCAGCACCCAGCGCGUCAGGGCCAGGAGCAUCGACUGACGCCAAUGCCGGUCCAACGUCGGCAUCCAUUCGCGACGAGUUUGUCGGCUUGAAAACGAGCAAGGCUCUCGAGGUACAGGAUUCCUCGGGGGGUGAUGAAGACGAGAGCGACGAUGGCAGCAGUGCGGAGGAGGGCGGUGAGAGCGACGGUGAGAGCGCUGAGUACGGCUACGGCGGCGACGCCAUGGACGACAUUGUACUAGAGGACAAACACCACCCUCUUCAGUACCAGCCCCAGCAGUCACCGCUUCAGUACCAGAGUCCCGACGUUCCAUACCAUGCACCGCAACCGCCGCAUCAACACACGUUACCAGCUCGGCAAUACACACCGCAAUCCGGUGGUGCAAGCGGUGGCAGCGGUGGCAGCGCCGGUGUUGGCGGCGGUCCGCUCUCCGCCCCGUCUCCUGCAAACAGUCGCCGUUCCCGCCUCGAGUUUGACGACGCCGCCAAUGCUGCCACAUUCUUACCGCCACGCGAAACCGCCAACAUCUUUGUGCGCGUCUUCUUCGACCGUGUCCACCCCAACUAUCCCCUGUUCCAUCGCGGCUCGUUUAUGCUGCGGUAUGAAGCUCUUUGGCAAAAACCACCCAACGAGCAGACCCCCCUUCCCCAAGGUGGCAUGACGCCAAGUCCAAUGACCAAUCCUCGAGGCCCGGGUGCCGCCGACAUUACGACCCACCCCCAAGAGCGCCAGGACGACUACGGCUGGAACUGCUGCCUGGCCAUGGCCUUUGCCUUUGGCGCCCAGGUCCUCGAAGACCACGACCGCGCCCGCCGUGCCGCCGCCGGCAUGCAGCGCCGCUAUCUCAACCUCGUCCGCUCCUCUCUCAGCCGCCUCUGUGGCACCACCAAUCUCGCCAACGUCCAGGCACUGCUGCUGCUCCAACUCUACGAACACAAUGCUGGCCAGCGCAAUGCUGCCUGGACUUUCCUGGGCUGUGCCUCUCGCAUGGCUGUGGCGCUGGGCAUGCAUCGCGACGGCGUGGCUAUUCCCGUUACACCCAUGGGGCCACCCGAGCCAGAGAGCGGUGGCACCAGCACGAACAGCUCUCAAAAAUGUGGCGGCGGUUCUCUACUCUCGCGUGCGGCUGCCGCCGCUACGCUUCCUGCGUCGGCCAGCACGCCUGACCAGGUCACCGAUCGCAACGACCGUCGCCGGGUCUGGUGGACCCUGUACCAAUUUGAACGAGGCCUCUGCAUCAUGCUGGGCCGGCCGUCUGCGCUUGACGAGGCCGAAAUUGCCGUCGCCGCACCUACGGACGACUCUCAAUAUCCAGAGCUGCCCCAGGGCCAUUCUGCCAGUCUCUUGCGUCUCAUCCGUAUCGCGUGGCGAAUCAAGCAGAUGGUUUUUCCAGCACCAGGAAGCGCUCAUAGCAUCAGCGGCAACACGAACGCCGCCUACAAUGCGUACUAUCCCGGCAGCACCGAACCUACGACAACACCUCGCAUACUGCUUGCCGAGCUCGACGCAUGGCGUGCGUCCUUGCCCGCCCACCUCCAGCCGGGCUGGAAGUCCACGGACAUGUCGCACCGUCGCGCCGUGCUGCUGCUGCAUGUGGAAUACCAAUAUGUGCGCUCUCUGGCUACACGCCAAUAUGUCCUGGAGCGCGCUGACCGGUGCAGGAUCAAAGCACAAGCCCUGUCGCCAUCGACGGCGACGACGUCGUCGUCUCAGGAGACCAAGGAGACGGCGGCGGCGUCAGCAUCGGAUGAAGCCGUCGACGAGCUCGCCGACAUUUGUCUCAACGGCGCUGAGCGGGUCCUCGACUACUGUCGCCAACUGGCCGACAUUGGCCAGCUCGACGGCGUGGCCUGGAUCGACAUUUACUUUUUGUACCACAGUGUCUUGGUCAUCUGCCUCGACUUACUCGCGCGUAUCGUCACGGCAUCGGCCGCGGCCAAAGCCAAAGACAAGGACAAGGAUGCAGCAGCCGACAGCAAGGCGGAUGUGACUGCUGCUCGCCGCCGCACGGCCGUCCGGUCUGUGUUGCAAAUCACCCAGCGCACACGCCUCGCACCGACGUUUCGCGUGCUGGUGCUGGUCGCGUGCCAGCUGGCUGCUAUCGUCGGCGCUCUGGACGGCCUGCCGAACCUGCCCGCCGCGGCCUCGGCCUCGGGCAGCACCAACGCCACCACGGCCGAGGCCGCCGAACUGGCUGCGUCAAACAAGCACCACCGCCCGUCCCAUGGAUCGUCGGCCCGCAGUGGCGGCUCGCUGGCCACGACGUCGACAAAGCGCGGCCGCGGACGUCGUCGGCGCAACAGCUCGAGCGUGUCACGCGAGCGGACCACGUCGCGGUCGCGGGGGCCGUAUCCAUCCACUCUGUCAGCCAUGGCUGGCGGUGCAAGUGCUGUGCCCAAUGCGUCCAUGGCGCCGCCCCCGCCGUCAGUAUCAACUGUGGGCCACAACACCGCCUCGACCAUGUCCGAUGCCUCCUCGCCUGCCAACGUGUUUUAUUCGCCAGUGUCCCAGUAUCAGCCGCAGCAACACCAGCAUCAGUUCGGUCAGCAACAACAACAGCAGCAGCAUCAACAGCAGCAGCAGCAUCAUCAGCAUCAGCACGGCCUCCAUGUGCAGCAGCUCCAGACCUUUGGUGGCGCCGACUGGUUUGCCUCCGACCCAGCAGCGUUCCCCUGGCAGGUCAUUGACGCCCGUUCGUUGGGUAUGGGCGCUGGAGGCGGGGCGGGUGCCUCUGGCGCUGGCCUGCCACCGAAUGCCAAUGUCGCUGCUCCAGUCGGCCCCGUCAAUGUGGCUGCAGCGGCCGCCGCCGCCGCCGCUGCGCAGUUUCCGGUUGCUUUCUAUACGCCGCAGGGCAUCGACUUUGGCUUGACCACAGACACAUCGACCUUUGGCGAAGAUCCGUACGUGGCAGGGCAGCAGCCGCCGCCACCACAGCAGCAGCAACAACAGCAACAACAACACAGCAUGUACCGGGCCAUGGACCCGGCCGCGAGUAGCAGUGGAUCAGUUCCACCGCCGACGGCAGCCUUUGCAGCAGGGAUGGAUCUCGAGCCGGGGCAGCAGCAACAGCAGCCACACCAUCGCCACCACCCUCAUCGACAACAACAGCAGCAGCAGCAGCAGCAAUUGCAACAUCAUCAGCAGCACCAACAGUACCCACAGCAACCACCACAGUUGGACAAUAAUGAAUGGAUCCAGAUCUGGAGGGAGGUCAAGAACCGGUAUCAAUAA